UCAGCAGCUCAAAGUAAAGGCAACAUCAUUUAUGAUGAUGGCCAGCAGAAUUGUGAAGAAGGUCAUCGGCGUCUCUGAGGGCUUUUUUUGUUGUCCUAAGGGGAUCUUCAGGGACAACACGUGCAAGAUCUACAGCAAACCUCCCAGAAACCGUAUCGGAGCCGGGCAAAGUUUUUUGGUGAUGUCGGUGUUUGCGGUGGCCAUGUUGGCGCCAUCGGCCUGGAUUCUCUACCAUCUGCCAGAGUAUCGCCAGAGGUCCCGCCAGACGCCCAGAAGCUGAAGCAGUCUGCCCAUCAAAUCAUCAAAAGGAUCCCAACUUUAUUUGAAUACCAAAUGCGAAACAAGCCAUUCUUACAUUUGAUUGCCGACAAUAAAGACGGUGAAGUCGCCGCCACAUCAAUUAUCGACUUUUUAUUCUUCCUGUCUGACCUCAGGUGAAAUUUGGAGUUUGUUAGGUGGAGUUGACCCAAGGAUUGUGGUAAUAAUCCAACAAAUGGUGAUAUAAAACAGUGAUUCUCAACUGGUGGGUAGCAGGUUUAAAAAAAUAAAACAGUAAUGACCCAUUGUACGUGAAGGCACCUCAUGUUCUGUCUGUGCUACUCGCUUGCUUCAUGCCAUGUUUAUGGGUGACUUUGUCAAGGUUAAGUGGGAGGACAUCAUCUGGCACCAGUGGCGUCAUUAGGCCUAUUUUCGGGGGGCUUCAGUCCCCCUAAAUAAUUAGAUAUUUUUUUAUUGAUUUUUUUUUUACAAAAAAAAUCUCUGACAAAUUUCAUAUAAUAGGGCAAAAGCAGGCUAAUACUAGCCUAAUACUAGGCUAAUACUAGAUUAUUACUACUACUACUAACAGUAGUAGUAGUAAUAAUCAGAAGAAGAAUAAUAAUAGAAUAAUAAUA